CUCAGACAGACGAACGAUCAUUUUUUAACAGGCAACAUUUAGAAAGUACACCGGUACAGGAAGAAACAUGGCGACAGAUACAUCAAACGAAGAGCCAUCUCAAUCAGGCAUUCCUCAGACUGAAUUUGUGGAAGAUGUGGAGGCGUUCAUGAAGCGAGCUGACAACAAUGAGUCUGCAGAGGUGGUGCUCAAACGACUUGAUGAGAUGCACAGUAAAUACAAGUUCAUGGAGUAUAACCUCAACACAAAGAAAACUAGGUUAAAGUCCCAGAUUCCUGAUAUAACAACCACUCUUAGCAUCGUCAAACACUUGCAAUUAAAGAAGGAAUCCCCAAAGGCACUGGAAGCCAGCUUUCUUCUAUCAGAUCAGGUGUAUGCUAAAGCAAAAAUACCUCCCACGGAUAAAGUUUGUUUGUGGUUGGGAGCAAAUGUUAUGUUAGAAUAUAACCUUGAUGAUGCCGAAGCUUUGUUAGAGAAGAAUUUAAAUGCUGCUAAGAAAUCUUUGUCACAAGUAGAGGAGGACCUGGGUUUUCUUAGAGAUCAAACUACGACAUUAGAAGUCAAUAUGGCUCGCGUGUACAACUGGGAUGUGAAGCGGAGACAAGGAACCAAGACGUCCCCAGCUGUCAAGUCGUAGCUGUGAUGCUCCCUCAUCAGCAGAUAUUCAUGUGGAAUAUUACUAAUCCAUUUUGUCAUCUGAUGUACAUGCCUGUAUAUUACAUUGCCAAUGUUUCAGUUUAUGAUGGCUGUGUUCAGUAAGGACUGAAAAGCUUAAUUGUACAGAUUUCUUUACUGGCUGCAGAUGAUGCUGAAGUGUGGUGGACUCUCUCAGUCUCUGUGAUCGGUUACCAUGGUUACAUGAGUAAUCGACGUCAUACAGUGAAGGGGCUAGUAAAUAAGUUGUGUAAUUAUCUCCCUUUGAACGUUUCCAUUUGUCUUAAGGAACCAAUGAUUGGACAGAGAUUGUCUCUGUGUUCACAUUUCAAGAUGUAAUUUCAAAUUCCACGUUCCACAUAUCUGUCCAUGCAGUCUACUUCCGGAUGUGUUGUUGUGUGUGCUAUCAAAAGAAUCUGAUUUAGAACAAUAACAUUAUGAAAUGAAUUAUGUUUUUGGCAUUCUUUGACUUCAUCUUUGUUCUCGGUGCAUUUCUUAGCUUUCCAAAUUCUUAUGUGUUAGGACUGAUUCUGUCAAAGCCAGACUGGUACAUGUAUACCCUUUACUUCUCACAGAAAAUAAAUGCAAGCUAAAACA